AUGCCCUUAACUGCCCCUUGGCAUCUCGGGCAAAGGCCACUCAAAAAUGCCCAGGCUUCCGUCCAGGGCGCGACAACUUGGGUUGACGAAAAGUUAGAAGAGACUAACGUGGGCGCCAUCAUAGCCGCUGUCGCGAGCGCAGCGCUCUCCUGGGAUACGGCCCCAACUUGGCCAUGGACCGUCACUGCAACAGUCUAUUCAUCAUUGAUACUUUCCCUCGUCUCAGUCUACACGGGGUGCCAGCAGCACAUUGCGGUUUUACGAUAUGGCAAGAAUGACAAUGGCAGGGAACGCAUGCGUCAAUUCCUCCGCAGCCAUUCAUUACAAGGUAUCGUCUGGUCGGUGCCGCUGAUACUUCUUAACAUCAGCAUUCUCCUCUUGAUCAUUUCUAUCUUGAUAAUCGUCUGGGCGCGGGUCGUAGAAGAGCCGACAUUUGGUCGAGAGGCGAAGAUUGCGAUUGUUUCUGGCCUCGCAGGAAUCUUUGGGCUGUUCUGCAUGCUACUGAGCAUGAUCCAGGGGGUAUAUAAACUCCCGGGGGAGCAAGUUAUACCAGGUAGUGAGCAACAGGAAGUUCCAACUGCUUCGGCAGGGAAUUCAAAGUGUCUCGGCGGAGGCGCGGAGGACAGAUUCAGGAGUGUGGAUGUGGUUUCCAACAUAGCAGUCUGA